CUGCUCUAAGUGGCGGUCGUGUGGACGCCGGCGCCUGUCGUCGCACCAUUACGCACGAAUACGUAUCAUUAGGACGCACCAGGGGCCCGCGCAAAGGGCCCGUCGUAUUCUACAAGCGCGUCCGAACAGCGACGACGACGGCAACGACGAAAACGACGACGACGAUAACGUUCGGUGUUGUGACAGUGUGACAACGAGCCGGGCCCGUGACGGGCCCCGCGGCUAUCCGCCGGAUUACGGCACGUGACGUUCCGUACGCGGGAAAAAAAAUAAAUACUGUCGCGAGAUACAAUUUUCUCGCGGUGGCGCGUUCUCGGCUCCGUCAGUGAGAGCGAGCGAGAAAGAGAAAGAAAGAAGGGGAUAGAGAGAGAGAGAGAGACGAGUGUUUAUCACGGGUAACCUAAAAACCGAUCUCGUCGGCGCAGUACGAUACAUAUAUCGGUAGGACGCGCGCGCAUGCGCAUCGCGGCACGCUAUCCUCGUGCGCGAAUUUCGAGCGAGGCGCGGGGUCACGUGGUUGUUGUACAAACCCGCGGACAGUGUUGGUGAACAAGUGCUCCCGGAAGGUGUUACGAUUUCUCCAGUCAGUGAGUGUGAGGGUGAGCGUCCCGUGCGUCGUUUCGGUCCCACGCUCGAGUUCGCGACACGUCGAGAUCGAGAGAGAGAGAGAGAGAGAAAUAGCUCCGAAAAGAACGCGCCUCCAUCUGAAACCAGAUCGUUCGAACCUCCCUUAAAAAAAAGAACCGAUAUUAAAACGUCAACGCAAAGUUAUUUAUUAUCUCAAGGGUUGUCAGAGGUGACCACUAACUAGCCGCGCAACGAGAUCCGUAACAAGAGAUCGAUGAGAAAUUGAAGAUCGGUCGGUCGAGUGAGAUCGAGAAGGACAGAAAGACGGAUAAAGGGAGACAAGAAGGGGGCGAAGGUGAACGAGUUCGUAAAAUCGUAACCGUGCGUGGCGUGCGGGCGAAUGCAUGACAGAUCAUGGUUUCCGUGUCCGGCCCCAUAUCCACAGGGAUCCUAGCGGAACGCCCUUCUGGAUCGCAGGGCUCGCGGCAGCAUGGUGGCGCGGAGGAUGAGAAGGACGCCAAGGCGGCGGAAAAUGCCAAGAUCCGGCACGAGUCGGAUCUCUACGUCAGGCCCAGCUGGACGGACGCCGCGAUAGCGUUGGAUCAACUCGAAAAGGGAAAGGCGGAGGGUCAGAGGUCAGCGGUAUGGAUCAGGGCGCGACUACAGGAUCAGCUAAGUCAGCUGGGUUACUUCCUACAGAGGCAUGCCGGCAAAGUGCUCUUCGUGGCCGUUCUCGCCCUGGCUACGUUCUGCGUCGCCCUCAAGUCCGUGCAAGUCAAUAGUAAGGUCGAUCAGCUGUGGGUGCAAGAAGGUGGAACACUAGAAAGGGAGCUGACCUACGCCUCGGAAGCGCUCGGCGAGGCUGCCCCUUCGACGCACCAACUCAUCAUCCAGACGCCGAAGCAUUCCGGAGUGAAUAUUCUACAUCCGGCCGCGCUCAAGGAACAUUUGGCCGUCCUGAAGGCUGCGACGCAAGUUACGGUGCACCUGUUCGACAUCACGUGGAGGCUGAAGGACUUGUGUUACGCGCCGAGCAUACCCAACUUCGACCUGCACUACAUCGAUCAGAUCUUUGACAGUAUUAUACCUUGCGCCAUUAUGACACCCCUCGAUUGCUUUUGGGAAGGUAGUAAACUCUUGGGUCCAGAAUAUCCUGUUCAUAUACCCAGCGACAACAACAAACCCAUCCAAUGGACGAACCUUAAUCCCUUAUGGAUGUUGGACGAGAUGAAGAAGUUGCAGUUCGUGUUCCCCUUUAAAACGCUCGAGGACUGCAUGAAGAGAGCCGGAAUAACGAACGGCUAUCAGAGCAAGCCUUGCUUGAAUCCGGCGGAUCCAGAAUGUCCGGAAACCGCGCCUAACAAAAAAUCCAAACAGGUACCUGAUGUAGGAGUCGAGUUGACAGGAGGCUGCUACGGAUUCGCAGCCAAGUACAUGCAUUGGCCGGAAGAGCUCUUAAUCGGCGGUGCUAAGCACAACAAGACGGGCCAUUUGACUCGUGCAGCCGCAUUACAGACCGUAGUGCAGCUCAUGGGCGAACGGGAAUUGUACGACUUUCUGGCGAACACCUACAAAGUCCAUCAUAUCGAUUGGUCACAGGAGAAGGCGGCCCAGGUGCUGGAGACUUGGCAGAGAGCGUUUAGCAACGAGGUGAAGAAGCAAGUGGAUAUGAACGUGUCGAUGCCAUACAAUCUGAAUGCCUUUAGUACGACCACUUUGAAUGACAUCCUUGGAAAGUACAGCGUGGUGUCCGUCAUGAAGAUCGCGAUUGGUGGCGCGCUUAUGUUGUUUUAUACUGGCAUAGCCCUCCUUCGUUGGAAAGAUCCGGUGCGCUCGCAAUCCGGAGUAGGAAUAGCUGGCGUGAUGCUGAUUUGCGCUACUGUAGCCGCUGGAUUGGGCUUCUGCGCGCUUCUGGGUAUUCCGUUUAACGCCACUACGAUGCAGAUAGUGCCGUUUCUCGCACUCGGUCUGGGUGUACAUGACAUGUUUCUACUGACGCACACGUAUGCUGAGCUGUCAGUGAACGAGGUGCCCAGCGGCGAGCAAACGGGAGUCGUUCUCAAACGAACCGGUCUGUCGGUGCUGCUGACAGGUCUCACCAAUGUUUCUGCCUUCUUCGCUGCAGCGAUAAUCCCGAUCCCGGCUCUCAGAACAUUCUGUCUGCAAACCGGUAUCUUGCUACUGUUCAAUCUGGCCGCUAUGCUGCUGAUCUUCCCUGCAAUGGUCAGCCUGGAUCUGCGACGUAGACGCUCAGGCAGAAAAGACAUUCUCUGUUGUUGCUUACCAGCAUUGCCCAAUCUCAAGAAGAAUAAAUAUUUGAUGAAGAAUAAUGGCACGGUCAAGCAGAUGGUCACUAGGGCAAUUCCGCCUGAAAGACGAGAGACUUGUACUCAAAUCCUAACAUCGCAUAAUACGCAGAAUGAAUCUUGGAUAGGUGGACAUAUCGACGUGGAACUAGAAAAGCAGUACACUGAGGAAGACGCUCUGACCGGUUGUUCCCAAGAUGACUGCCUAAGUUUCUCUUUGACACGGCUCGCGGCCCGGCAUUAUGCACCUUUUAUCAGCCGACCUGCCACUAAAGUGUUCGGUAUGAUGAUUUUGAUUAUCGUGCUAGUUGGCAGCUUGUGGCAAGCGAUGCGCGUACGCGAUGGUUUAGACUUGACUGACCUGGUGCCGCAGAACUCGAACGAGCAUGCAUUUUUGGCCGCCCAAGCGAAGCAUUUUGGCUUCUAUAAUAUGUACGCGAUUACCGGGCGAGAUUUCGAAUAUCCAAACAAUCAACGACUGUUGUACGAGUAUCACGACGCCUUUGUACGGAUCAAAAACGUCAUCAAGAACGAUAACGGCGGACUGUCCGAAUUCUGGCUUGGUCUAUUCCGUGAUUGGUUGAAAAAUCUACAAGCAGCAUUUGACAAGGACUAUAACAAUGGUUGCAUUACCCAGGAGAGGUGGUACAAGAAUGCGAGCGACGAAGCAAUUCUAGCAUAUAAACUGCUUGUUCAGACCGGCUAUGUGGAUAAUCCAAUCGAUAAGACGUUGAUCACCCAAGUGCGAUUGGUCGAUUCGGAAGGUAUCAUCAAUCCGCGUGCUUUCUACAACUAUCUGAGUGCCUGGGCAUCUAACGACGCGCUUGCCUAUGGUGCCUCGCAGGCGAAUCUGCGACCCGAACCGCGUCAGUGGAUCUAUACCAAUGACCAUGAACUGAAAAUCCCAAAGAGCAUGCCACUCACUUAUGCCCAGAUGCCAUUCUAUCUUCACAAGCUCACCGAUACACAGCAGAUUACAGAAUUGAUUGGCAGUAUUCGGAAACUGUGCAAAAGAUUCGAGGAACGCGGCCUGCCGAAUUUUCCAUCCGGUAUACCGUUUCUCUUCUGGGAACAAUACAUGGAUCUGAGGAACUGCUUGGGAAUCGCUCUUCUGGCUGCUUUGAGUACAAGCAUCAUCAUCAUCGGAGUGCUAUUGUUGAAUAUGUGGGCCACCUUGCUGGUCGGCAUUUCUUUAGGUGCCGUCGUUCUGCAGUUGUUAGGCAUCAUGGGUCUAUUUGACAUCAAACUGAGUGCUGUACCCGCUGUACUGUUGGUAAUCAGCGUCGGCAUAGCUGUUCACUUCAUGGUGCACAUUUGCCUGAGUUUCAUCACUAGUGUGGGAAGUAGAGAUCGCAGAAUGCGCUUAGCUCUAGAGCAUAUGUAUGCUCCAAUCGUCCACGGCGCGAUCACCAUGCUGCUUGCGGUGGUGAUGCUUGCCUUCUCCGAAUUUGACUUUAUAGUCAAAUAUUUCUUCUUCAUACUAGUAUGCGUGAUCGGCGUCGGCCUCGUAAAUGGCAUUUUUUUCUUCCCGAUUCUGCUGUCCCUGAUUGGCCCGUCAGCGGAAGUAAUCCCGAACGAUCAUCCGGAUCGUAUAUCUACACCGACACCGCCGGCAUCACCCAUUGUGAGAAGGUCCAAGCCUCCCGCGCCGCCAAGGAGAUCUCACAAGAUCGAGAACGCUAGGUUGCACGCUGAGCCGUCACUCACAACUAUCACAGAAGAGCCUAACUCGUGGCAUAGCACGCAAGAGUCUUGCAUCAUUGUCCAACCGGAACUCAAGGUGGAAACCACUUCUACGUGCGGCAAUCAGAACUGUAGCGGAUCAGACACGAGCGGGUCUAGUCGAACGUCACCAGUUCCAUCCACUGCACACAUUACCACCAAGGUCACCGCAACGGCAAAUAUCAAAGUGGAGGUUCACACACCGUUAACCAGCGGAAUGGAUCGUAGUGAAAAGUGCCGGCACACUGGCACCGGUAGUCGAAGGAGCUCGCGCUGCAGUGCGAACGUUAAUGUUGGGGAGUCUUCCGGCUCCAGUUCUGAACCGGAUUCAGACUCUAACCCAAAACAUUGAUAACAAGAACCGAGGGGACCAGCAGCUGCUGCUCAAGUACCACGCAAAGCGGGAAAACACAGAAGGCUGACUAGUAUAGAUAAAUUUUUCACUUUCUCUUCCUCUUUCCUUUCUUCUGUCUUGUCUCUUUUUUUUGUUUCUUUUUCUUUCUUUCUUUCUUUCUCUCAAAUGAGUAAUACAACAUGCAUGGUUGUCUUACUCAAAUCUUAAAAAUGAAAGUAUUACAACGCACACACUUGUAUUUUUACAAUGUAUGUAAGUACUUUUUGGAAAACAUUAAUAUCGCAUGUUUAAUACUUUUUAUACCGAAUUUUUUAAAGUGACAAACACUUCCUGUAGGAAAUGUAAGAAACAAAAUUGUAUUUAUACAAUUAUAUACAGUAUAAUAUAAUACAAUUACAAUAUAAUAGAAUUUAAUUAGAAUUUUUAAGAUCAGGAUCCAUAUUUAUAUUUUAUACAUAUAUUAUAAAUAUACAAAUUGCGCUCUCUAUAACGGUUUUAAGCAAAGUUUACUAAAGUUUUUAAUCAUGAGAGAAGCCAUAGACAUAGACAUAUACAUAUAUAAAUCGAAUAUUGAUGACAUAAUAGAGAGAAAGAGCAAGAAAAAUUAGAAAAAGAUUCUCUUUUUCUAAUUUUUAUUUUUUCCUAACAAAAGAUUGCACAGGCAUAAAUGAAAAAACAUUUUUUUUUUUUUGUUCUUCAUCUCUCAUUUUUCUUUUUUUUCUAUUUCUUUCACCAAAAUUGAAUGUAAAACUUUCGCUCGAUCUAUAUGUAUUGUGUCUAUGUAUGUGCGCAAAAUUAAACUUUAAGCAAAAUAAAAUGAAAUGGCAUGUUAUUUCAACAGCGUAUUAAAUAUGUGAUAGUAUUAUCAAUGACAAUAAUGCGCGGGUACAAGUUUAAUAAGUAAAUUUACUAGAGUAUUUUAGUUAAAUUUAUUUAAUUAAUGACUCGCACACUUCAAAACAAGAGAAUGGUUUAGGUCACAUACUAUCGACAAAGACAUAGAGACAUUGAGUGAUUUAUUUUUUGUAGAUAGAAUAUGACAGUAUCUAUUUUGUCUUUGUUUAGUAAAUAAAAGGUACCAAUGUGUGGUAAUAUUUACAAAAUAUAUACUUAACUGGGAGAGAGCACUUAUUAAGUUGUACAUACCUGUGUUAUUACAGGUAUCUUUAAUCUAAAAAAUUAAAGAUUUACCGCCGUUAGGAUAUGCGAUGUUCUUUAAAUGUAAUUGCGAAAUAUUUUUAGAAGACAAUUGCCUUUUUUUAUAGGUGCGACGCAACUUUCCGAUAUUAUUAUUUAUUUUUUCGAUAAUGAGAAAUAUAUACAUAUAUACAUUUAUAUAUGUAUGUAUAUAUGAGUGUGUAUGUAUGUGUAUGAUAUGUAUACGUAAUGCGCAAUGUGUGUAUGUGUACGAGCGAUAUACCGAAUCUCUGUGUGUGAGACCUAUUUAUUAUUUAUUUUUAUAAUAAUAAUAUUCCUCGGUGUUUUUCGCACGCGGAUAUACGUGUGCGAAGCGGUGCUUGUACGAUUUCGCGCACGAAUCUGAUGUUGACUUGUAAAAAUACUUUUAUUUAUAUCUUAUAUAAGUGAGAAUAUAACAACACACGUUGCGUACGCGGUGUACAAUGACGGUACUUAAUUUAAUAGAGUAUCCUAUUCCUAUUCUGAUUCAUACCUCUGAUGUGUUGUGUAUAAA